AUUGUUGCAUAAACACUCUAUGCCUGUAGCAACAGCUGCUACUGCGAGUCAAGGCGAGGAGGACCUUAACCGUUUUCAAAGCACAACUGUUGCUGAUAAGGACUGUCUCCCCUCAGGAAUGGAUGGUCAUGCAGAGAGUGACGAAGCUCUUCGACGGAAUAGCACAACAGCGUCAGUAUCAUCAGGUGCUGGAAGCAUGUCUAGCAUGGAGGACGGCCGAUCGCUCUCACCGAUAGAUGAACCCACAGCUGUUGCCACCUCUCUAUUGGCCAACGUUAAAGAGAUCAACAGAGUUCGACAACAGACCGCGAAGAGCCUUUCCAUAAUAGCUGAGGCCUAUGAUAAUUACAAACCCGAGGAGCUCUGCCUGGCGUUCAAUGGAGGUAAAGAUUGCACCGUUUUACUCCAUAUGGUUGACCAUGUUUUUCGGCAGAAGCACAGUGAGGGAGUGCCUCUGAGAACUUUGUAUAUAGCAGACCCCAAAAACGACACUUUUGAGGAAGUGGAGAGUUUUAUCGAGGACAUGCAGAAAGUGUAUAACCUGGACAUCAUGCGGGUUGUUGGCGGUGUAAAAGUAGGACUUGAGCGGAUAAAGGAGGAGCAUCCUGAGCUCAAGGCAAUAUUCAUGGGGAGUCGGUCUACAGAUCCCUUCUGUGGCGAUUUAACAGCAUUUGCGAAAACGACAGAAGGGUGGCCGGAGUUCAUGCGGGUAAACCCUAUCUUGGACUGGACCUAUAGUGAUGUAUGGAACUACUUGGAGUUGUAUGGUGUGAAGUACUGCAAGUUGUACGGACAUGGUUAUACCAGUAUUGGUCGUAAGAGCGAUACCAUUCCGAACCCAGACCUCGCAAUGCGAGAUGGUGACGGUCGUGUUUAUUAUAAGCACGCGAGAGAGCUCGAGGACGAAUCUAGGGAGCGUUGCGGCCGAUACGUCAAGCAGCGAUAAUGUGGUGUAUCUAAUAACUGUUGUCCUUCCUUCCUACCCGACACAAUUUGUCUAUAUAUGUCCUCGCUGUAGCCAAUAUUAGUACUCACCC